CUUAUGAAAAAACUGGUUUAGCAACCAACCUUAAUAGCUUCAAAAGACAAUUUUGAAUAAAGGCAAGCUGGUAUAGGCAGACUCUAAAAUGUUGAGCAUAAGUGAAGCUCUUGUGGCAGUGGCUGUAUUUCUUCUAAUUACGCAGUUUUUCAAGUUGCAGCGAGUGCGGAGACGGUUUCCUCCUGGACCAGUCCCUCUCCCAGUCCUUGGGACACUGAUACAGCUGAACUUUCAGUUUAAUCGUGAUCUUCUCAUGCAGCUGGCAAAAAUUCAUGGCAACAUCUUCACUUUAUGGUUUGGAUGGGCCCCAGUGGUUAUACUGAAUGGAUUUCAAGCAGUGAAGGAUGGCAUGACCACACACCCUGAAGAUGUUUCUGGCAGGCUGGUGUCACCUUUCUUCAGAGCAAUGGCCAAAGGAAAAGGAAUUAUGUUGGCAACUGGCCACACCUGGAAGCAGCAGAGGAGGUUUGCUCUGAGGACUUUACGCAACCUUGGCCUGGGGAAAAGAGGUCUGGAGUACCGAGUGCAAGAAGAAGCUCACUACCUGGUAGACUUCUUUGCAAGUAUGAAAGGGAAACCUGUGAAUCCUGCUUUCCCUCUUGUCCAUUCUGUCUCCAAUGUAAUUUGUGCUGUCGUGUUUGGACAUCGUUUCUCCAGAGAGGAUGAGGCCUUUCAUGAUCUGAUCAAAGCUACAGAACAUCUCUUCAAGUUUGGGGGCAGCUUUAUUCAUCAUCUCUAUGAAAUCUUCCCCUGGCUGAUGAGCCGCCUCCCUGGGCCUCACAAGAAGGCCUUGGCUUGUUAUGAUGUCCUGAGCAACUUUACACGGAGAGAGAUCCGAAUGCACACAGAGCGUGGGGCACCUGAGGAGCUGCAGGAUUUCAUUGACUUCUACCUGGAUCACAUUGAAAAAUCCAAAGAUGAACCCAGGUCAACAUACAAUGAAGACAACAUGGUUUAUUCUAUAAAUGACCUUUUCUUGGGUGGAUCAGAGACAUCAAGCACUACAUUGAACUGGGGCCUUCUCUAUAUGGUGGCAAAUCCAGACAUCCAAGAGAAAGUGCAGAAGGAGCUGGAUGCUGUUCUGGGUCCCUCCAAGGUAAUCUGCUAUGAGGAUCGGAGAGAGCUGCCCUACACCAACGCUGUGAUUCAUGAGAUCCAACGCUUCAGCAACAUCAUUUCAGUGGGCAUGCCCAGGGUGUGUGUGAGGGACACAACCUUGCUUGGCUUUCCCCUCAAAAAGGGCACCAUAGUUCUUCCAAAUAUUGCUUCAUCUUUGUAUGACCCAGAGCACUGGGAAACACCUCGACAGUUCAACCCUGGUCACUUCUUGGAUAAGGAUGGAAACUUUGUGGCCCAAGAAGCCUUUUUACCAUUCUCCAUAGGAUCAGCAAUGAGCAGCUGCUACACCAGGUGCAAGGGACUUCCCAAGGGACAGUUUGGGUAAGGAACCUGCUUUGGUUUGAGAUGAUGGUAAAUUGAAAAAUGUUCAUGGAAAAUGCCAAAGAUGCUUUUUAAACCCCUCAGCAGCUCAGCUUCCUGAAGCCACAAAGGGUUGCCAUACACACAAAUACUAGUAAAACUCAAUUAAAAAGUCUAUAAUUAGCAGAAAGAAAAAAAAUUGGUUCCUAGUUAGGUAUUUAUAUCUUUUGGGAAAGUCUUGUAAAGCAUAAGUGAACUUGUCUUUCAUGAAUGUUCCUGUUUCUGUGAGAGAGGACAGGACAGCUGAACAGAUGAUCAUCUGUUAAAUCAGUUAUCACUCCAUGUCAUCCGCUGUGUGAUUGAGAUUGGUUUGGGCAGUUCACCAUGAAUCACAGUUUUAGAUUUGUCUCAUUAUUUCUAAUUCAAUGGCUGAUGGAACACAGCAUCAAAAUAGUAACCACUUGAUAUUUAGCUGUUAUUAAAUUAAAUGGCAGGAUAGUACUAGUGAAAUAUGGAAGAUCACAUCCUGACAUUUUACGUGACAGAAAACUGUGCCCUGGUAGAAACUGAUGUCAAAGUCUGUGUGGAUUUGCAUGUGUGCAUGGGGAGAUAAGGCAAAGCUGAAACCACUGUGAUUUGGGGAUGUUGGAGCUGUCAUUGCUGCUUAGAAAUGAAGUUGGAAGCAUCAGUAGCAUUACAAGCAUUAACAUCUCUGCUUUGUGGUGCUGUCACCCCUGAUGGCCACGUGCUUCCCCAGAUAUCCUUCCAAAAGGGAAGCUCAUAAAGGAGCCUGGGAUGGAAUCAUGGCCAGGAGAGCCCUUAUGCAGCUGGAGCAGGUGGAGUUGCCUGAACCCAAGGGAAUGGCACAACCCAGAACCAGGGGCAGGAGCACCUGUGUGUGAGAGGAGACAAGCAGAGCACCCUGCACCUCAUACUGGGCAGGUUAUUGGUGCCUGCCUGUGACAGGAACUGCUCAGGGGUGGUUUCUGUUCCAUUGUGCAGAAAUGUCCAAGGGAUGAGAGCCCAGCACGUCAGCCAUGGCAGCAGCAGGAUGUCACAGGGAGGCUCACAGCACCAAGAUGGGAGAGCUGGGUUUUGCAGAGCCUUUGCAUUUCUGUUCCUGACUGAUCUAUUUUAGGAGUCACUUUAGCUCAUCUUCUAAUAAAGCCUGGUCUUUUUGAGCUUUUGAAAGCCUUUUCAAAGCCUGGCUGAUGCUGCCACAGAAGGCCAAUGAAGCUGAGAGCAGAGCUGAGAGAAGCCCAGCUCCCACUUAUGAGGUGCCAACUCUCUCAGCUUUGGCUGUGUGAUGUCACCUCUAAUCAGGCUGCUGAGCUUUAAGGGGUGUCUUGGAGACACCCCCUCACACACACAUCCUUCAUUCCUCUCUCUUAUAUUCCUCAUUGCUUUCAUGUUAUUUCUCAUGUCUUCCUCAGGCUCCAUUUUUGUAGUGGUGCUUGCCCCUGCUCAAGCAUAAAGGGGAAGAUCUGGCUAAAAAGGAAAACACAGGAAAUGUACAGAGGAAAAGCUGAAGAUUUUGGGUUCAUGUAGCUCUUGGAGAGGCUCAGAGCCUUGUGAAUCUGUGAUGCUCAUCUGACACCCUUUUCACUUUAAGUUUAUACAUAAAGCAAAAAAAAGAGGUAAAGAAAAAAUUUUGUAUUUCUAGUAGUAUAAUGAAGAAAAAGGAAAACGGUGGUUUCUCAGAACUGCAGUAUAUCAGGAAGGCUCUGUGGCAGAUGGGAAAAUUGAUGGCUUUUUUGGCUUUUAUUGUCAAUGAAAAUGGCCAAUGCAUUCAACACCGCUGGUGUUCAGGGAAGAUUUCUGUCAAGGCUAGGAAGGAGAAGUUAGAAAAUAGCUAGAUAAACAUGAUAUUUUCAAAUUGGCUGAGCUGAUUCAUCCCAGGGCACUUAGGGGAACAGUAUCAACCUCAGAGCUAUUAGCAAUUAUCUAUGAAAACCUGUGGAGGAUGGGAAAAGGUCAAACAUUUCCUUUUCUUCAGAAGGUAAGAGAAGUUGCAGUGCUAUAAAUCAGCCAGCCUGAUUGCACUUUUCAGAAUAUCCUACAAAUAAUCAGAUUGUAAGCACUGGAAGGAAAGCAGAGUCAGUAUUCACCAAAUAAUGUCAAAGUUACUUAGUUCUGUUUGAUGACAUUGCGAGAGGUCUGUUUUCAAGAGAGAAGCUGUUAAUGUCAUUUACUGCUCUUUAAUGUGGCUUUGACACUAUCUCACAAAUUCUGUGGAAAUGUGGGCUAUCUAAAGUUUGAUAAAACUUGAUGGAAAAGUCAGGAAAUGCAUAUGAAUAGUACCAUGUCAAACUGGAAGGAUGCACUGAUUGGGAUUCUGUCCUGCAUCUAAGCUGUUCUAUAUUUAAUUGAGGACCUUGAUAGUCAGUAAAAGCACCAGACCUGGGUAAGGCCUAAUUUCUUGAUGCCACCAGAUCCAAACUGAUGGCUGCAGCAAGGUAAGAAAGAGGUAUUCCCAAACUUGUCUAAAUUCAAAGAAACUUAAAUGUAGGACAGUUUUAUUUGGAUCUAUUACCUUUGUGAAGUGUGAAGGUGCCAUAACAUGGAUACUUCUCCUUAGUAGUUUUAAUGUCACAUAGCUGAAGAGGUGAGAGUGACCCUACUCCAGCAUCUCUCAUCAUUCCCUCCUUCCUCUCUUCCUGGAGUUACAAUUUUCCCUGGGAAAUUUCUCUGGGAUUGUUUUUUCUUGACCAUUAUGGU